GAAACGUAUGUGUCAGAUCUGCCGUUUUCUGUCCGCGGCUCCGGUUCACUACAACUCCCAGCAGACACCGCGCGGCCGGGUUCGUGCAGCCGUCACCAAAGAAGAAAGAGAAGAGGCGGGGCCGCUGCAGUUGAAGAUGAUGAAGGGUAAACCCGAUGAGGAGGACUACUGGCACAGCUCCAAGUUUAAAGCGUUCACCUUCGAUGAUGAAGACGACGAGUUCAGCAGGUUAAAAGAAUCGAAGCAGGCGGUGAACAGCAUCCGCCGACUGGUGGAGGAAGACGAUGAUGAAGACGACGUGGAGAGGGUCAGCUGGAGCGGAGAGCCUGUCGGGAGUAUCUCCUGGUCGGUCAGAGAGACGGCAGCGUCAAAUCAGAGAACAGACAGAGAGCCCGCCUUCCCCAAAAUCAGCACCGACACCCCUACCAUCAGCAAGAGUCAUUCAGGAUACUCCCUGAGCUCUCUGUUCAAAGGAAAAACUAAAGGAGGAAACUUCCAGUCCUUCACUGACUCGCUCAGCGACUCGUCUGUCAGGCUCUAUGCUCCGGAGCUCAGAAAACCCAAAUCUGAAUACAAGGACUAUGUCAGUGAUUGGUCGCCUGAGGAGACGGUUCACAGAAUGAAGCAAGGAAAGGCUGUGUCUCUAGAGAAGUUUCGGUCUCUGCAGGACAAACUGUUGCUGCUCGAUUUUGCCGUCAGCGCUCAUGAUGGAAACGUCAUCACUGCUGUUUUGAUUUAUUUAAAGAGGAGUCUUAGUAAAGAGGUUUUGUUUCGGGAGCUGGAGUCCAGACAGACGGCUCUGAGACAUUUCAUCCACUAUCUGACUGAAACCAGAGACCAGAGUCUACUGCUGGACCUGCUCAGAGCUCUGGGCAGGACAGAGGACAUGGCCGUACGUAGUACACACUGCUAACACAUCAGCAGUACGCAGUAGUAGUACACACUCCUAACACAUCAGCAGU